AUGAUACCCAAUGAUGUUCAGGGCAACAUCGAGUUCAGAGGGGUGGACUUUGUCUAUCCCACCCGACCCAACCACCAAGUACUGUCGGAUGUGAGCAUCCACGCACCCGCUGGCAAGGUGCUGGCACUGUGUGGGCCCAGUGGGUCUGGUAAGAGUACCAUAGGCUCAUUACUAGAACGCUUCUACGACCCAGCCACGGGACAGAUCUUCAUUGAUGGUGUGGACAUCAAGUCACUGGAUCCCAAAUGGCUUCGGGGCAGUCUGAUCGGAUACAUUGGUCAGGAGCCCAUUCUAUUCUACACCAGCAUCAAAGAGAACAUCCGCUACGGAAGACCCGAUGCCACAGACGCCGAGAUUGAAGAAGCCGCGCGCAAGGCGAAUGCCCACGAGUUUAUCAGGUAUGUGCGGAAGGGGGGCGUUGUGGUGGGAUGUCGAUGGGAUGUUCUGCAGAUAUUUUCCUGA